AUGAAAUCGAAGGUUAUAAACAACAUGAAUGCUAACUUGUCUAGCGAACUGAGCAGGUUUUGUAACCAGACCAGCCGCCUCAAGCAGAUUUUCUUUGAGACCAAAAGAUGCUUUGAGGACAUCAACAGUUCAGGACGAUUCGAUGGAACUCAGAUCAUCAGUGCUGAACUGUUGAAGGAAGAGGCAACAGAAAUUGCUUCUAUCAUUGAUCACCCUCCAACCAUCAUUAUUUUUGGACAGACUGCAUAUGCGAAGUCUCGCAUUGUCAAUGAGCUGUUUAACAAAAAUGUCUUCCCUUUACUGGAGGAGACGUCGAAUGUAAAAAUGAGAAUGGUCCGCAUCUACCACGGCAGUACAAACACCGUCAGCCUGACUCUCCCGGAUGACUAUGAUCUGGUGGACAACCUGGAGGCCUAUAAUGGCCAUUGGAUUACCAUACCUCAGACAGAUUUAGAAAUUCAUGACAAAGACAAUGCCAAUGACUUGGCAGUGAUGGAAGUCACUCAGAACCAUCAGCUGCUGAGAUUGGGAGCACAGGUUGUUGUGUCCCCAUCAGCUUCAGAAGAUCAGGUAGCUGAAAUCAUUCAGCAGUGCACAGAGAAUGCCACACCAAUUAUCAUUUAUGGUUUUGCUAGCGAUCUUCUCACAGAAGUG